GCUGUGGGGGCACCCGGGGCCUGGGCAGGGAGAGGGGGCUGCUGGAUGAUCACCAGCCUGGCGGCAAGGAGGGGAGCCCUCACCCUGUAGGCAGGCCAGUAGCUGACUGCUGACCGCCCUUCCUUUGGCCAUGGACAACCCUGGCUACCCUCCACUAGUGCCCACGACCUUGGAACCUGGGAAUACCUCCUCGGCCUGGCCCCUGGACGCUGCACUGGGAAACAAGUCGGGAGGCCCAAGCCCGGCAGGGCUGGCUAUCAGUGGCAUUCUGAUCCCCCUGGUGUACCUGGUAGUGUGCGUGGUGGGCCUGCUAGGCAAUUCACUGGUCAUCUACGUGGUCCUUCGGCACACGGCCAGCCCGUCAGUCACCAAUGUCUACAUCCUCAAUCUGGCGCUGGCUGACGAGCUCUUCAUGCUGGGGCUGCCCUUCCUGGCUGUUCAGAAUGCCCUGUCCUACUGGCCCUUUGGCUCCUUCAUGUGCCGCCUGGUCAUGGCCGUGGAUGGCAUCAACCAGUUCACCAGCAUCUUCUGCCUCACUGUUAUGAGUGUGGACCGAUACCUGGCGGUGGUGCACCCGACCCGCUCGGCCCGCUGGCGAACGGCGCCCGUGGCUCGCACUGUCAGCGCGGCAGUCUGGGUGGCCUCAGCCGUGGUGGUGCUGCCUGUGGUGGUCUUCUCGGGUGUGCCCCGUGGCAUGAGCACCUGCCACAUGCAGUGGCCUGAGCCGGCGGCAGCCUGGCGGACCGGCUUCAUCAUCUACACGGCCGCCCUGGGCUUCUUCGGGCCACUGCUGGUCAUCUGCCUCUGCUACCUGCUCAUCGUGGUGAAGGUGCGCUCCGCAGGGCGGCGGGUAUGGGUGCCCUCGUGCCAGCGGCAUCGGCGCUCCGAGCGCAGGGUCACACGCAUGGUGGUGGCUGUGGUGGCACUCUUCGUCCUUUGCUGGAUGCCCUUCUAUGUGCUCAACAUCGUCAACGUGGUGUGCCCACUGCCUGAGGAGCCUGCCUUCUUUGGCCUCUACUUCCUGGUGGUGGCGCUGCCCUAUGCCAACAGCUGUGCCAACCCCAUACUGUAUGGCUUCCUCUCUUAUCGCUUCAAGCAGGGCUUCCGCAGGGUCCUGCUACGGCCUUCCCGCCGAGUGCACAGCCAGGAGCCCAAGGCAGGGCCUCCAGAGAAGACCGAGGAGGAGGAUGAGGAGGAGGAUGGAGAGGAGGGCGAGGCGGAGGGCAGGGGAGAGGGAGCACAGAAGCAGGAAGAGGGGAAGGAGAUGAAAGGCCGGGUCAGCCAGAUCACCCAGCCUGGCACAAGUGGGCAGGAGCAGCCACCCAGCAGCUCAAUGGGCAAAGAGCAGCAGUCCCUGCCUCGAGAGCCCUCUGCUGGGGAGAAGUCCAGUGCGCUGCACAUCAGCUAUCUGUAGUGGCCUGGGGAGGGCCAGGGAAGCCUAAGGAAGAGGCAGAGCCUGUGGGUAUGCCCUGGCAUGCUGCCCGGGGUGCCAGAGACUCACAAUGGGACUUGCUAUGUGACCACAGGUAGGUCAUACCCCUUCUCUGGGCCUGGCUUGCUCCUCUCUGACUCAGGGAUGGGGUAAUCAGCCCCAGUGAGAUCUGACAGGCAAGAGGUCUGGAAGGGCCUCACCGCUGGUCUGACCUUUCUGAGCUGGGUCCAGGUCACAGGGUCCUGACCUUCCCCAACUCUAGGGGACUUGGAGCAUCUCGGGGCAUCAGCCCUCAGAGGGAUAGAGCAAGUCCUGGAUUUCCUGGGCUUGAAGUCAGAGAUAUGGGAGAUGCUGGGGCUGGACUGGAUCCCCAGGUAGAAGGAAGUCUUACCUGGUGGGGAGGAGGUGGAGCAGCUCAGGCCCACCCAGAUUGGCUCUGCCCCACGGGCAGUGUGGCCUUGUGUCAGCUCGUGCCUCCUGGACCUCGGGACCUCACCCGAUAGACAACCCGAUAACCUCGGCCCUUUUGACCCAGAUAGUUUUUGUGGGGACUCCUGCGCUCCUGGACAUGGUAAUCAGAGGGGGUUUUUCCAGGAAGCUAACUGAGCCGAGCUUCAGUGCCCCUUAUUGUGUGGACCCUUGCAAGGCCCUGCACUUAAUUUCGCACUUGUAAUUUUGUAUUCCUUUUCUUAAAAGAGGGUCCCAAAUUAUAUAAACUUGAACCCAUUGAUUUACCCAUUGCCGUGGAGUCGAUUCUGACUCAUAGUGACCCUACAGGACAGAGUAGAAUUGCC